AUGCAGACCUCAAGCCACGACCAUACACCACUAAAACUCUUGCCGCGGGCGUUCUCUGAACAUUGUCGCCCGACCAACCAACAACAAUCCACAUCUCGUAACCAUGGCUCCGACCCCUCAAACACGCCCUCCCCAUUGACUUACCCGGCCAGACCCUUCAAGCCUCACCUUGGCCCUCGCAGCAAGCCCUCAAGACCACCUAUGAUCCUCCACAUCUGCUCCAAAUAUACCGCCGUCGGCCGGAAGGAAAUCAUCCACUUCUUCUACUUCUAUGCCGUCGUCACCCUCUCCUAA